AAACAAGCGCCUCUAGCUUUCAAUCACGUUAAUUGGUUGUGUACCUGCGCGUGGGAGACCCUCGCAAAACUUCAACAGCUACUGCAUGUAGUUGUUAGUUAAAAUGGCGCCUGUUUUAGGAGCAAACUGCCCCAAGAAGCUAGCUGAUGUUUUUGCGGAAGACUCCGAAAACGAUGGAACGUUUUACGGCUUUUCCGACACUGAAAUCAAGAAUGAGACUUUAAGCUUUGAGGAUGAGGAUGGGGAUGGGGAUGAAGCCCAGUCUGACAUUUCUCCCAAGGAUCCAGAUCAGAAAACCAACAUCCCACCGCCUGCUGCUGCUGCUCAGCCCUUCAGGCUGAGAGUGGCCCUGCGCUCAGCUCCACUCAGCCAGCACUCCUCCGAUGAGGAUGAGGAUGAGGAUGCAGAGAUGGAAAAGAAAACGGUGAAAAGCAGAGGGGUGAAGAGGUCAAGAAAGGGGGGUAGGAUGAAAAAGGAGACCCGUGUGAAAUUUGAAGAUGAGGUGGAGACAUCGGUGGCUUGGACGUCGCCGCCUGAGGAGUCGGCUGAGGACGCUUCAGACAAUUUCUUGGCCAAGAGAGCGCUGAACAUCAAGGCCAACAAAGCUAUGUUGGCUCAGCUGAUGGCAGACCUGCAGAAAAUGCCAGGAGGUGCAGGAUUAUUGCAAAAACAAGCAGGCAGGCAGAAGGCAAAGGUUAAAGGCUCUCGUCCACCCCGCUCUGGGGCGACUGGAGGGGAGUCGAGGCGGAACCCGGAGCGGGCGUCCCGCAGACACACCCGGUCUAUGGGGGCAGCUGAGGAUUCUUCAGCUUCUCAGGAAGCUGAGGUGGAGCUCAGCCUCGAGGACGAGCUGCUGGAGGUACGGCGAGCUCCACGGCGUCGUGCCCCCCCAAGGCCUAAUACCAGCAAACCUCAUAUCAUCCGCCCUGUGGAAGACAUCACAGAAGAUGAAAUUCAGCUGGUCGCAGACAAUAUGACUGACAAAGUGUACAACACAGUCACAGGCUCCACGUGUCAUCAGUGCCGUCAGAAAACCGUUGACACAAAGACGUGCUGUCGCAGCGAGGAGUGUCGGGGGAUUCAGGGUCAGUUCUGUGGGCCGUGCCUCAGGAACAGAUACGGAGAAGAUGUCAGGAAGGCGCUGCUUGAUCCGGAGUGGAAGUGUCCACCCUGUCGAGGCAUUUGCAACUGCAGCUUCUGUCGUCAGCGUGAGGGCCGCUGCCCUACUGGCAUCCUGUUCCCCCUGGCCCAAUACCACGGCUUCUCUGACGUCCACUCGUACCUCAGCAGCCUCCGUAACAAGCUGAAGAGCGAGGAGAACGAUGUAGAGAUGUGAUUUAAACACUAGGGGGAACAGUUGUUCAAAUUCUUUCACAUUUUUUUUGUAUUAGUUUUGGGUCUUAAAGUUUUAACCUGUCAUUUUAAACAAAUAAAUGUAGUUUCUGACCAA